AUGUAUGACAGUGUUGGUGGAGGUGGUGGUUUAGGAGCUACAAGAGAUGCUAGUGGUGGUGAUGGAGUUAAGGGAGGUGGAGGUAUUAUUGGUAAUAUAGGUAUUGAUGGUGAAGUUGGAGGAGCUGAUGGUAUCAAUAAUGGGAGAAAUUGUAAUGGUGAAAGUGAUGAUUUAGAAGGUAGGAGUGGUGCCGGUGGUAGAAUUGGAGGUGGAGGUAGUGAAAUAAACAGAGGUGGAGGUAGUAACAGUAAUAUAGAAGUUGGGGGAAGUAUUAAUGGAGGAGUUGGAGAAUGUACAAAUAGUCAAAUUGGAGGAGGUGGCAAUGUUAGUGUUGAUGGAGGUGGUGGUUUAGGAGCUGCAAGAGGUGUUAGUAGUGGUGAUGGUGGGAUUGGGGAAGGUAGAAGUAUUGUUGGUAAUGUAAGUGUUGGGGGAAGUAUUGGUGGGGAGUUGGAGGAGCUAGUGUUAGAGGAGGUAAAAAGUGGUGGAAUUAGUGGAAGUGGAGGUAAUAGUGAUAUUGUAGGAGUUGGGGGAGGUGGUGGUGUUGUUAGUGGAGGAAAUAGUGGUAGUAGAUACGGUUUAGAAGUUAGGAAAGGUGUAGAUAGUGGAGUUGGAGGAGGUAGUAGUGCUAAUAUUGGCAGAGGUGGUAGUUUAGGAGAUACAGGAGAAUUGAAGGAGCUGAUGGUAUUGGUAACUAAUGUGGGAAGUCAUAAUAGUGGAAAUGGUAGUUUAAGAGUUGGGAGAGUUGCUGGUGGUAGAGUUGGAGGAGGUGCAAGUGGUGGAAUUAGUGAAGGUGGAGGUACCCAUGGUAAUAUACAAACUAGAGGAGAUAUUAAUAAAAGAGUUGGAGGAAGUGGUAGUAUUAAUAGUGGAAAAAGUCAUAGUAGUGGAGGUGAUUUAGGAGUUGAAAGAAGUACAGGUAAUAGAGUUGCAAGUGACAGUGCUAGUGUUGGUGGAGAUGGUGGUUCAGGAGUUGCAGGAGGAGCUAAUGGUAUUGGUUAUGAAAGAAGUCGUGGUAGUGGAAGUGAUGGUUUAGAAGCUGGAGAUAGUAAUGAUAAAGGAGUCAGAGGAGGUGCACAUGGUGGAAUUAAUGGAGGUAGAGGUACCGAUGCUAAAAUAGAAGCUAAAGCAGUUGGGAGAGAUGGUGGUAAUGGAGUUGAAGGAAGUGGAAAUGUUGAUAUUGAUAGAGGUGGUAGUUUAGGAGCUGCAAGAAAUAUUAGUUAUGGUGAUGGGGUUGAAAGAGGUGGAAGUACCGUUGGUAAUAUAGGGUUUAGGGGAGAUGUUAAUAGCAGAGUUGUAGGAGUCGAUGGUAUUGGUAAUGGGAGAAGCUAUGGCAGUGGAAGUGAUGGUAUAAGAUUCGAGAACAGUGCUAACAAUAAAAUUGUAGAAAAUACAAGUAGUGGAAUUAGAGGAGGUGGAGGUACGGUGGUAAUAUGA